AUGUUCCUUCCCAUCAACUACCCCCAGUCUGUGCAUCGGUCCUACCUCCCAUUCCACGUCCUCCAAUUUUUUGAGACGGUUUUUGGGACUGUCGUAUCUGUACUAUGCAAUCAGGCGCUCCUCACUUCUGUCGGCGUCAGCGCAGAAGGCAGCGUAUUUGGUGCCGUCGCCGUACAAUGGAUCAUCAAAGACGGUGCUGGAGAAGUCGCGAAGCUCUUCUUCAUCCGCAAGUUUGCGCCGUACUUUGACAGCCACCCGAAGACGUUCACACUCUUUGGAGAAUGUAUUGUUGCGGCGGGCAGUGGGCUCCAGAUUGCCACAUUGCUGGUCAAUCCAUCACCAGGGAAUUUCUUGCUUUGUGCAGCGGGUGGAAAUGUGUUCAAAUUGAUUGGUUACGCAAUCUGGUUCACAACCCACAUCAAAUUUAUGCGUUACUUCGCGCAAUACGGUAACACUGGCGAUGUUGCCGCCAAGGACGAGUCGCAGGCCUCGAUCGCACAGCUGACUGGUUAUGCAGCAGGUAUCGGAUUGCUGACGGUUUCGCACUCCGCACCAUACCUAUACUCCCUCUUUUUCCUCGUCGUUCCUGCGCACAUCGUGAUGACGACGUGCAUGAUGCGCGUGGCGACGUUCGAGUUGCUCACAUUACCGAGGCUGGCCAUCCUCACAAACCAGUUUACUCGCGACGAGAAGCCCAUGGAUCUUUUGUCUCUGAAUCAAAUAGAAGAGAUGCGUGGGACAGGUCUCUUCGGCGAGUUCUACAAGACAAAAGAGCAAAAGUAUCUAUUCCUUGCACCAAGAGUUGCGGAUGUAAUCAAAGACGAAGCUGACGGUGCGAGAUGGGUAGUCUGCACUGAUGUAUUUAUGGACGAGAAAUAUCUUUUAUAUCCCUCACCGGCGCCCCGCACCGGUUCCAUAUGCGUAUUUUACCACCCAGACGCAACAUCGGACGACAUGAUGCGAUCCGUGCUGCAUGCCGCUCGCCUACGUCGCACGCUGCUGUCCGACGACUCUUCUGCCUCGCGCACACCAGCACCCGACUCGUGCCUCGAUGCUUUGCACGUCGCGUUAUCGGAUUCGGCGGCAUGGACAAGACGAAACUUCGGCUCCUUCAAACAAACGUUGGAAGCGAAGGGAUGGCGCACGGAUGAGAUGGGAUUCGCCGACCACGGACACAGGGUUCUGUGGGGACCCGAGACGGAGAGGGGUGUCGGAGAUGAUCCUUAG